UUCAUCCCCAGGCUGCAGGCUUAGCCAGAACAAACAGACAGCACCAAAGUAAACAAAACAAGAAAGGAAGCAGCACAGGUGACGUGGAAAAGAAAACUUGGAAGCCACAAUAAAGGCUGAUGCUCUAACUGCUGAACCAAACCAGCAGGGCUCAACUCCACUUCUGACUCUUACCUCACCCUCAUCCCAACAGCACACACGAGAAAGAAAUAAAGGCAGGUGUCCCCCAUGUCCAGAGUACAUUUUCCUGUCCUGAAGAAAAGACAGCAUCCUGACACCAUUUGAGUCUGCAGAGGUUGAGAUCUGAUGAGAACGUGGGGUCAAGUUCUGUGCCCCCAAGCCCUAGUGACCUCUCUUUGUUUCCAUAGCAUCUAAAAAUCUCUGCCAGAAUAUGACUCAAGCAGACAAUACGCGGUCCACUAACAAGGGCAAGAUGAUUCAGUCGCCCGUGAUGGAAAGGGUGCAAGCAAUAUUGCAGAAGGAGAUGGUGCGAGAGUUCCUGGCUGAGUUCAUCAGCACAUUUGUCAUGAUGGUGUUUGGCCUUGGCGCUGUGGCCCAUAUGGUUCUAAGAGAAAAUACACUUGGGAGCUACUUUGCUGUCAACGUGGGUUUUGGCUUCGGAGUGACCAUAGGAGUGCACGUGGCAGGGAAAGUCUCUGGGGCCCACAUGAAUGCAGCGGUAACCUUCACCAACUGUGCACUGGGAUAUCUGUCCUGGAAGAAGUUUCCUGUGUACGUACUGGGUCAGUUCCUGGGUUCCUUCCUGGCUGCUGCCGCCAUCUACUUCCUCUUCUACACAGCCAUUAUGGAAUUCACGAACGGAAAUCUGACAGUGACUGGUCCUAUAGCCACCGCUAACAUUUUUGCCACCUACCUUCCUGACCACAUGACACUGUGGAGGGGCUUCCUGGAUGAGGUGUUCCUUACGGGGAUGCUCCAGUUGGGUAUCUUCGCCAUCACGGACAAGCGUAACAACUCAGCACUGCAAGGGACAGAGGGCGUGGUGAUUGGCAUCCUUGUUCUCAUCAUUGGAGUGUCCCUAGGCAUGAAUUCAGGAUAUGCCAUCAACCCAUCCCGGGACCUACCUCCUCGCUUCUUCACCUUUAUUGCCGGUUGGGGCACACAGGUCUUUAGGGCCAAGCACUGGUGGUGGGUGCCAGUGGUGGCACCAACCCUGGGUGCUUACUUAGGAGGCAUCAUCUACUCAGUCUUCAUUGGUUGGACCAUCCCAAGGGAGCCUCAGAUAAUGGAGAACCCCACAGAGUAUGAAGACCACCAACUGCCCAAGACCAUGCCUCACCACACCACAACCCCUUCCCUUGCCUCUGUCCCUGUGCCCACCUCCAACAAAUCUUCAAUCCGGCCUGUCCCACCCUCAAAUGACUCCAUCCGAAUACAGCAAUUCUAAGUAAUACUGUUUGUGACCACAGCUUCACCCCAAUAAAGCCUUGUCCCACAGUGGCACUCUCUGUUGGUGUUG